AUGAGGGCCCGCUACCAACUCCGUCUCGGCAUUCUUGCCACACUUGCCGGGUUUUUACAGUUCUUUGUGACGGCCAUCAUAGUGAAAUCACUGGGCAUUCUGUUGGUGUCAAUGGGCGGGGAGUUGCGGGCCGACACUUGGGUGCUCGGCUCCGUCUUUGCGCUGAUCGAGUGCGUCAGCGAUGUGCUAGCACCACUUGCUGGGCCAGUCGGUUCGGCUGUCGGUCAUCGGCAAGCGGUCAUGCUCGGCGGUGUACUGGUCAGCAUGGGCUUCGUAGCCGCUUCUCAAGCCACCAACGUCUUACAAGUUGCAUUACUGCUGAACCUACCAUUAGCCACGGGCUACUGCCUCACUAACGUGCUUACAAGAGCCUCACUUGGGGAAUAUUUCGACAGCAGGAAUUUCGCACUGGCGUCCGGUAUAACCAAAACGGGCGUCUCCAUCAGUCUAGUCUGUCUGCCGCCUCUCGUGCAGCUGUUUAACGACAUGUACGGAUGGAGGGGCACCAUGCUUCUGGUUGGCUCGAUUGGUGCUCAUCUCGUCGUGUGUGGGGCUCUCCUCAUCCCAUUGCCUGAGGCAGCAAUGGACAGAAAUCCUAGGGCCGAAUAUGAACCCCUUACAGACAGCCAGUCAUCAAAACUGCUCAGUAGGUUGGCAAAUAAGUGUGGCACCACAAUGUCGCUGAAACCACUUGUUUUAAGAGCAGGAAAAGAUCUUAAUCUCUCCCUCUUGAGGAACGGCAACUUUUGGAUUGUAGCUUGCAUCUUUGUUGCCACUCGUAUUACCAAUUGCUAA